AUGCUGCCAUCAUCGUACAUGAUUGUCAGCAAGCUCGAUUGUAAUCCCCCGCGUUUUUCUGCAGUGAGCAGAGGCGACAGUCACAUCAAAUAUAGCACUCGUGCUAAGGGUGUGAACCCAAUAGGAAGCCGGUUCCACGAUGCAAAAGAUGCCGAAAACGGGCAAGCUGAAUGCAUUCUUGACAAUGCGUGUGCCCCAAAGCUUGGCAGUCGAUCACUGAAGAUGAUCGAUGCUGAUAUCAGCCGCUUGACCAUCGCCGAGAGUAUGCGAUGCGGCUGA